GGUUCGCACCCCUGUUCAGUGGCUGGAUGGAAAUGGAUGCUACAGGUCUCCUGACUCCCACUUACACAACGUAAAAGUGGGCUGAGUUGUGGUUCAUCUUCUCAAAGACAUCGUCGCCACAGAAGCCCAAGCUGCCAACGAAAUUUGUUCCAAAGUCUCCAAAAGAUAACAAGGGUGUUGGUGCCGGAAGAAAAGAAUGAUUGAUGGGAAACAGACAUCGGGCUAUAGACACUCAUCCUUUUGCUUCAGACACUGAUAUCUCAGCCUGCCUGAGCAUCCCUUGUGAGCUGUGAACAUUGAGGACCACUCAGGGUUAUUGGAUGUACAACAGGAGAGCCAUCAGUUUGCUAAAUUAUUAUCUGCAAUUGGACAUCGUUUACCAAAACCAAACUAGACCUGAAUCUAAUAGAUAUGUUCUAGGACAAGGAAAGCUGCAAGUUGUUAACGCCUAACACGCAAGUAUGUUAGGCUUCCACCAAAGUCCUCAAUAUACCUGAAUAUGCACAAUAUCUUAACUCUUCAUAUUUGGUUUUGGAAUCUGCUUUGAGGUCCCAUCCUCGUGUUUUUUUUUUUGUUGUUUUUGUUUUUGUUUUAAAUAUACAGACCUACCUACCCAGAUACAUAUAUACAUAUAUGUAUAUAUAUGUAAAAUAGACAAAGAUUGCAGAUCAUAAAUCAAGCUCUGCUUUGGUUUCCAAGAAGAUUACAAAGAAUUUAGAGAUGUAUUUGUCAAGAUUCCUGUCGAUUCAUGCCCUUUGGGUUACAGUGUCCUCAGUGAUGCAGCCCUACCCUUUGGUAUGGGGACAUUAUGAUGUGUGUAAGACUCAGAUUUACACAGAAGAAGGGAAAGUUUGGGAUUACAUGGCCUGCCAGCCGGAAUCCACAGACAUGACAAAAUAUCUGAAAGUGAAACUCGAUCCUCCGGAUAUUACCUGUGGAGACCCUCCUGAGACAUUCUGUGCAAUGGGCAAUCCCUACAUGUGCAAUAAUGAGUGCGAUGCGAGUACCCCUGAGCUGGCACACCCCCCUGAGCUGAUGUUUGAUUUUGAAGGAAGACAUCCCUCCACAUUUUGGCAGUCUGCCACUUGGAAGGAGUAUCCCAAGCCUCUCCAGGUUAACAUCACUCUGUCUUGGAGCAAAACCAUUGAGCUAACAGACAACAUAGUUAUUACCUUUGAAUCGGGGCGUCCAGACCAAAUGAUCCUGGAGAAGUCUCUCGAUUAUGGACGAACAUGGCAGCCCUAUCAGUAUUAUGCCACAGACUGCUUAGAUGCUUUUCACAUGGAUCCUAAAUCCGUGAAGGAUUUAUCACAGCAUACGGUCUUAGAAAUCAUUUGCACAGAAGAGUACUCAACAGGGUAUACAACAAAUAGCAAAAUAAUCCACUUUGAAAUCAAAGACAGGUUUGCGUUUUUUGCUGGACCUCGCCUACGCAAUAUGGCUUCCCUCUACGGACAGCUGGAUACAACCAAGAAACUCAGAGAUUUCUUUACAGUCACAGACCUGAGGAUAAGGCUGCUAAGACCAGCCGUUGGGGAAAUAUUUGUAGAUGAGCUACACUUGGCACGCUACUUUUACGCGAUCUCAGACAUAAAGGUGCGAGGAAGGUGCAAGUGUAAUCUUCAUGCCACUGUGUGUGUGUAUGACAACAGCAAACUGACAUGUGAAUGUGAGCACAACACUACGGGCCCAGACUGUGGGAAAUGCAAGAAGAAUUAUCAGGGCCGACCUUGGAGUCCAGGCUCCUAUCUCCCCAUCCCCAAAGGCACUGCAAAUACCUGUAUCCCCAGUAUUUCCAGUAUUGGUACUCCUCCAAAGUUUAAUAGGAUAUGGCCGAAUAUUUCUUCCCUUGAGGUUCCUAACCCAAAACAAGUUGCUCCCAAAUUAGCUUUGUCAACAGUUUCUUCUGUUCAAGUUGCAAACCACAAGAGAGAUUGUGAAUGCUUCGGCCACUCCAAUCGAUGCAGUUAUAUCGAUCUGCUAAACACAGUCAUUUGCGUGAGCUGUAAACACAACACUAGAGGGCAGCACUGUGAGUUAUGCAGGCUGGGCUACUUCAGAAAUGCUUCUGCACAACUGGACGAUGAGAAUGUGUGCAUAGAGUGUUAUUGUAACCCUUUGGGCUCAAUCCAUGAUCGUUGUAAUGGCUCAGGAUUUUGUGAGUGUAAGACUGGAACAACAGGGCCUAAGUGUGAUGAGUGUCUGCCGGGAAAUUCCUGGCACUACGGCUGUCAACCGAAUGUCUGCGACAACGAGCUCCUGCACUGCCAGAACGGAGGGACGUGCCACAACAACGUGCGCUGCCUGUGCCCGGCCGCAUACACGGGCAUCCUCUGCGAGAAGCUGCGCUGCGAGGAGGCUGGCAGCUGCGGCUCCGGCUCCGGCCAGGGCGCAUCCCCGCACGGCUCCCGCGCGCUGCUGCUGCUGACCACGCUGCUGGGGACGGCCAGCCCCCUGGUGUUCUAGGUGGCGCCACCGGCCACACCGGACGGGCCUGUGCCGUGGGGAAGCAGACACAACCCAAACAUUUGCUACUAACAUAGGAAACACACACAUACAGACACCCCCACUCAGACAGUGUACAAGCUAAGAAGGCCUAACUGAACUAAGCCAUAUUUAUCACCCCUGGACAGCACAUCCGAGUCAAGACUGUUAAUUUCUGACUCCAGAGGAGUUGGCAGCUGUUGAUAUUAUCACUGCAAAUCACAUUGCCAGCUGCAGAGCAUAUUGUGGAUUGGAAAGGCUGCGACAGCCCCACAAACAGGAAAGACAAAAACAAAAAACAAAUCAACCGACCUAAAAACAUUGGCUACUCUAGCGUGGUGCGCCCUAGUACGACUCCGCCCAGUGUGUGGACCAACCAAAUAGCAUUCUUUGCUGUCAGGUGCAUUGCGGGCAUAAGGAAAUCAGUUACAAGCUGCCAUAUUGGCCUGCUUCCGUCCCUGAAUCCCUUCCAACCUGUGCUUUAGUGAACGUUGCUCUGUAACCCUUGUUGGUUGAAAGAUUUCUUUGUCCGAUGUUAGUGAUGCACAUGUGUAACAGCCCCCUCCGAAAGCGCAAGCCAGUCAUACCCCUGUAUAUCUUAGCAGCACUGAAUCCAGUGCGAGCACACACCCACUAUACAAGAGUGGCUAUAGGAAAAAAGAAAGUGUAUCUAUCCUUUUGUAUUGAAAUGAAGUUAUUUUUCUUGAAAUACUGUAAUAUGUAGAUUUUUUGUAUUAUUGCCAAUUUGUGUUACCAGACAAUCUGUUAAUGUAUCUAAUUCGAAUCAGCAGAGACUGACAUUUUAUUUUGUCCUCUUUCGUUCUGUUUUGUUUCAUUGUGCAGAGAUUUCUCUGUAAGGGCAACGAACGUGCUGGCAUCAAAGAAUAUCAGUUUACAUAUAUAACAAGUGUAAUAAGAUUCCACCAAAGGACAUUCUAAAUGUUUUCUUGUUGCUUUAACACUGGAAGAUUUAAAGAAUAAAAAUUCCUGCAUAAACGAUUUCAGGAAUUUGUAUUGCAAUUUCUUAAGAUGAAAGGAGCAGCCACCAAGCAUUUCACACUCACUUUACUGAUUUCUGUGUGGACUGAAUACAUUCAGCUGACGAAUUUAUUAUCCAGGAAGAUGGAUUGAUGUUCACUAGCUUGGACAACUUCUGCAAAAUAUGGGACUAUUUCCACUUGGGAAAAAUUACAACAGAAAAAAAAAAAAAAAAAAAAUCCAAGUGAUUGCCAAGAUUAUGCCAAAGCCUGUUGGCAGAGUACUAAGAGACUUUUAUUUUUAAGUCAUGCUAUUUUCACAGAUUGAUGGUGAUCAUGUAACUCUAGGGAUGCUGAUCUAUGUAUCUUUCCAAAUACAGUGUUUACAUGGAGUAUCAUAAGAGGCAACCUGGGGAACCAGGAAAGGAGCAGGGAAAUUGAGUGAUUUUGCAAUUUGGAUUUGAAUAUAUUUAGAGUUAAGUAUUUAGAGGAAAUAUCAAAAUAUAAAGCAGCAAGUAGACAUAACUGCUGUUCCUGAGAAUAAAGUUUGUUUUAAGUACUGCCCAAGGUGUAAUAAAUUCUUGUUUCUGCCUUUUAUUAGGCCGAUUACUGUGCAAGACAGCAAGGGGAGGCAGGUGGGGAAGAACCUUCGCAAAGUUUCAAGGAGGCUAAAACAGUGUGCAUGUCAUUCCCAGCACAUUGUUGUCCUACGGAUUACAAAUGUGUUAGCAGCAGCAUCUCCUGGAAUCAAAAACAAUUAUCAGCCCAAACCAGAGUGCUAAGGACAAUGAAAUUCUACAUGACUUGCUAGAACAAUAACCUAUUAUAGCCUAGUUCCAGUCUGAAUUCUUCACCCUGCUGCCACUCCUUGCUGAAACAGGGAAGUGGGGAGGAAUGCCUCCUGAUAAAUAACCUGGGUAAAAACUAGAUGAAGGAACAGCAUGUCUUAUUGGUUUUGUUCCCAGAAAAGCCAAUUCAAAGAAGGCAAUAAAAGGUAAACAGGUAAUGCCCGUGCUGCCUGCCACCCCACGUCUAAGUCUAUUGAAUAUUUGUUAUUCAAACCAACGGUCUCUUUUGAUGUAAGAAAUAAGCAAAGAUGGAAAUAAAUUAGAGCUUAGGCUUAGUGCCAGAGUGGCCAACCAGAAAUUGGAGAUUUACAUUGGAAGCAUAAAUGGAAAAUUACAUUUCAAGCUCACCAAAGAAACACAUGAAAAUGCUGAUAACAUAGGGAGUUUGAGAUUAUUUAUAAUGAGGUGGAUUUCUAACAUUAAAAUUGGAGUUAAGUUGUCUUAUAGUUUAUUAGCACAAACCAAAGGCAGCCCGUGUUAUUUCUGGCAACGAUGCACUUUAUCGUUAUCUGCUCAUGGCUUUGUCACAAUGCUCAGGAAUCAGACACUGCGCACUUCAAUAGUUGGGAUUCCAGAAGCUAAUUCUAAAAUUUAAUGAAGGCCUGAUUUAAACUGAUUCAUCUGCAUUUUAUCUUUAUGAGGCUAUAAGAAUCUAAAUUGAUGAGGAAUAUCUUUCAUUCGGUGUAUUUAGAUAUAGUUUUCUGAAUUUCCUGAAGCGAUGUGAUCUACUUUAAAUAAAAAUUCACUUUUAGGU